AUGGAUUCCCUGUGGGAUGGAAACCACACGGCAGUGACAGACUUCAUCCUACUGGGCUUAACUGAUGACCCCAUUCUCAAAGUCAUCCUCUUCAUGAUCAUCCUGUGUAUCUACCUGGUGACUGUGUCUGGCAACCUCAGCACAAUCAUUCUUAUCAGAACCUCUCCUCAGCUCCAUCAUCCAAUGUAUUUUUUUCUGAGCCAGCUGGCUUUUGCUGACAUAUGCCUUUCAACUUCUGUCACACCCAAUAUGCUUGUAAAUUUCUUGGUGGAGAGAAAUCCCAUCUCCUAUCAUGGAUGCUGCACCCAGCUUGGUUCAACUGCAUUCUUUGGGACAGUGGAGUGCUUCCUUCUGGCUAUCAUGGCAUAUGAUCGCUUUGUGGCAAUCUGCAACCCACUGCUUUAUUCAACCAAAAUGACCACACAAGUCUGUGUCCAGUUCCUCAUUGUGGCUUACGUGGGUGGUUUUCUCAAUGCUUCCUCCUUUAUUAUUUCCUUCUAUUUUUUAUUCUUCUGUGGACCAAAUCGAGUCAAUCACUUUUUCUGUGAUUUUGCUCCUCUAGUUGAACUCUCCUGUUCUGAGAACAGUAUCCCUGUCGUUAUCCCCUCAUUUACAUCUGGCUCCAUCAUUGUGCUCACAGUGUUUGUCAUAAUUGUCUCCUACAUGUACAUCCUCAUCACCGUCCUGAAGAUGCGCUCCAAUGAAGGGCGCCACAAAGCCUUCUCCACCUGCUCAUCCCACCUCACUGCAGUCACCUUGUUCUUUGGGACCAUCACAUUUAUAUAUGUGAUGCCCAAAUCCAUUUACUCAACUGAACAGAAUAAGGUGGUAUCUGUGUUCUACACAGUGGUAAUCCCCAUGCUAAAUCCCAUCAUUUAUAGCCUCCGGAACAAUGACAUUAAGGGGGCUCUUAAGAGAAUGCUUCACAAGAUAAUAUUUUCUCUGUGA